AGAAACCUAAUAGUUACAUUUUAUUUCAUUUCUUGUUCAACAUUCAUAUUGUUUAUCUUUUAUUUCAUAGUGAGAAAAAUGCAUUUUUUUAAACAUUAUUUAAUAGUGUUAACAUAUAUUGUAAUUUCAUUUUGGUUUAUGCCUUCGGCUUCGUUAGAAAAUGAAAAACAAUUACGUGAAAGAUGUAAAGAAGUUCUACUUUGUGCUGGAUUCAAAAAUGUAAACAGUCCUAAUAUAUUAAACGUGAAUUUUGAAGAUAAGCUAAAAUCCCAGGAUCAUAAUUUACAAACAACUCUGGGCGCGAUUAUGUCACUUGCAUCUUAUGUGAUACUACCUUAUUCUGACAUUUCGACAGCAGAUGACCGAAACAGAAUAGCAAAGCGUUUUGCAACGGCAUACCAAUCAUUUUAUAGCACUGAACCUCAGGGCCAGACACCCAUUGACCAUUUCUGUGUGGAACAUGUUAAUGACCAAAGCGAAAAGAAAUAUUUUUUUUAUAACAUGUUUAAUAAUAAAACAAAUAGUUAUGACUAUUCUGCAAAAUUCUAAACUUCAAAUGAUUAAUAAUAUUGUAUUAAAUUAAAUUAUAUAUAAUACGAGUUUGUUUUAAUUGCAUAAAUAUAUACUACUAUGUAUCAAUUCAUUCUAAAAUAAAUACGAUUCUCUUGGUAAUAAAAAAUUGAAUCU